CCCACCAACCACAUCAUCACGACGAGGAUGCAUCAACAACCACAGCGGAAGAACUUUUUUUUUGGCUGCUUUUGCUUCGCUCAAACUUCAUACAUAGCCAUUGAGUUUGUUCAAUUUGAAAUAUGCUGACGUCCCGCCGUGCGCAGUCCCCUCGUCGUCCGUCGUCCCGCACAAUGACCCUACCCUGCUAUUCACCAAUGCGGGUAUGAACCAGUUCAAGCCGAUCUUCCUCGGAACCGUUGCUAGCACCGAUGACAUGUCCAAGUUGAAGCGCGCCGUGGAUACACAGAAGUGUAUCCGCGCUGGUGGCAAACAUAAUGAUCUCGACGAUGUCGGAAAAGACAGCUAUCACCACACGUUCUUCGAAAUGCUGGGUAACUGGUCUUUUGGCGAUUAUUUCAAGAAGGAGGCUAUUGGUUGGUCAUGGGAACUCCUGACCAAGGUCUACGGCCUGGACCCCAACCGGUUAUACGUCACCUACUUUGAGGGUAACCCUGAGAUGGGCUUGGAGCCAGACCUCGAGGCCAAGGACUUGUGGCUAUCCGUCGGUGUGCCCGAAGACCACAUCCUGCCUGGUAACAUGAAGGACAAUUUCUGGGAGAUGGGAGACCAAGGUCCUUGCGGUCCUUGCAGCGAAGUCCAUUACGACAAGGUGGGCGGUCGGAAUGCCGCCCACCUGGUCAAUCAAGACGACCCGUUAGUUGUCGAGGUGUGGAACAACGUCUUCAUACAAUUCGACAGACAAAAGGACAAGUCUCUGAAGUCUCUGCCUGCCAAGCACGUUGACACGGGAAUGGGAUUCGAGCGUUUGGUGUCUGCGCUGCAAGAGAAGCCCUCAAACUACGCCACGGAUAUCUUCACUCCGCUGUUCGCCAAGAUCCAGGAGGUCACCGGCGCAAGGGACUACACGGACAAGUACGGAAAAGACGACUUAGACGGCAUUGACACUGCUUACCGCGUAGUUGCCGAUCACAUUAGACUUCUCACUUUCUCCAUUUCCGACGGCGCUGUGCCAAACAAUGAUGGCAGGGGUUACGUUGUCCGAAGAGUUCUUCGAAGAGGAUCGCGUUACGCUCGAAAGUACUUCAACGCCGAGAUUGGUUCGUUCUUCUCAAAAAUCCUGCCUGCUUUGGUUGAUCAGAUGGGCGAGCAGUUUCCAGAUAUUGUAAGGAAACAGAAAGACGUAAAGGAAAUCCUCGACGAGGAGGAGGAGGCUUUCGCGAGAACAUUGGAUCGCGGAGAGAAGCAAUUUGAAAAGUACGCUGCACAGGCCGCUUCAACUGGAGCCAAGAAGCUCUCAGGUGCCGACGUGUGGAGGCUAUAUGACACUUUCGGGUUCCCAGAGGACUUGACAAAACUGAUGGCUGAAGAGAGAGGCCUAAACAUCGACGAAGAGGAGGUCGCCAUUGCCAGAGAAAAGGCCAGGGAGGCCAGCAAAUCCAUCAAGGACUCUGUUCAAACCUUUGCAAAGCCAAAUGUACACCAAAUCGCCGAACUCAAGGACAAGCUUCAAAUUUCCACCCCCGAUGAUGAGCCAAAGUUCACGAAAGGAGACAUCAAGGCCAAGGUCCAGUUGGUAUUUACUGGUACCGAGUUCCUCGAGUCAACUAAGGACCUCCCACUGAAAACACCCUUCGGCAUCCUCCUUGACCGUACAAACUUCUAUGCUGAGCAAGGUGGCCAGGUCGCCGAUACUGGCCGAAUCGUCAUUGAUGAUGUCGCCGAGUUCAAGGUGCUUGAUGUUCAGCAAUUUGGAGGUUAUGUUGUUCACAACGGAUAUUUGGAUUAUGGUGUGCUUAAGUCUGGCGAUGAGGUUAUCUGCGAGUAUGAUGAGUUGCGGAGACAGCCUAUCCGUAACAAUCAUACCGGAACACACAUUCUCAACCACUCGCUGAGGGAGGUUCUUGGCGAUGAAGUCAACCAAAAGGGAUCUCUAGUCGACCAAGACAAGUUGCGCUUCGAUUUCUCACACAAGGUCCAAGUUACCGUCCCUGAGCUGAAGAAGAUUGAGGACUUGUCGAAUUCUUAUAUCAGACAAAACUGCAAGAUCUACUCCAAGGAUGUGGAACUUGACCUCGCCCGUCAAAUCAAUGGUGUCCGCGCAGUCUUUGGCGAGACAUAUCCCAACCCGGUGCGGGUAGUGUCUGUUGGUAUCGACGUGGAUAUGCUCCUCGAAAAGCCCGAGAACCCAGAGUGGCGCAAGGUGAGCGUUGAGUUCUGCGGCGGCACGCAUGUCGAGCAGACUGGUAUCAUCAAGGAUCUGGUAAUAGUCGAAGAGAGUGGCAUUGCAAAGGGUAUUCGUCGGAUUGUCGCCUACACCGGAGACGCCGCCCACGCGGUGCAACGUGAUGCUGAGGAGUUCGGCAAGCGCAUCGAACUUAUCGAGGCUAUGUCAUUUGGUCCUGAGAAGGAAUCCGAGGUCAAGCAGGCGACAGCAGACCUCAAUAAUCUUGUCACUUCCACAGUCUUGAAGGACGCGCUCAAGAGUCGUUUUAACAAGGUCGUGAAGAGCGUCGUCGACGAACAGAAAAAGCGCCAGAAGGCUGAGAGCAAAAUUGCGCUAGAUGCCGUGACGGGCCACUUCGCUAAGAAGGAGAACAAGGACGCCAAAUACUUUAUUGGACACUUGCCUAUCUCUGCCAACUCCAAGGCCGUCUCGGACGUCUUAAACCACUUCAAGAGCAAGGAUAAGGAGCGAACUGUGUACAUGUUCGGCGGCAGCCCGAGCGAGGGUGCCGUUGUGCAUGGUGUUUACGUCGGAACGCAUGUCGCCUCCAGUGGUGUCACCGCGGAGACGUGGUCCGCUGCCGUAUCGGAAAUCGUCGGCGGAAAGUCAGGUGGUAAGGAGCCUACGAGACAAGGCCAGGGUAAUAAUGCCGACAAGAUCGACGAGGCGGUUGAGGCUGCGCGGAAGUGGCUUGAGGAGAAGCUGAAGCUUUAGAAGUACUACUCUGGGUUGGGACAUUGGCUGCAUGGAGAGGUAUCUGGCUUUUGAUUUUCGGUGCUGCGGUGGGAAGAGAAACGAAAGUCCUGUAACAGCACUACCAGAAUCGAUAUUUGCUCCUUUGACUUGACGGUAACAAGUCUUCAUAACGGCAUUAUGUGAACUGAAG